AUGAGAAUCCCGGCGCAGUUCCGUCGUCGACUGUUCUCCAGCGCAUCGGUGAAACAGUUCCAAGUAGAGAGCGUACUCUCGGCUCUCACUGAACCGAGUAGGCAGAAGACUCUUGUUCCAUCUACAACGCCUUCUCAUGUGUCCAAAUCGGACAAUUCCAAUCUGCUAAGUAUCUUUCUCUCCAUUGACUCCCAACGGACAUGUCAGAAGAAGAAUCCUCCUUCUUCCCUCGAAUCCUUCCUCGCGUAUGUUACCCCUACCGAUGUCUCUUCUCUCGAUCUUAACAUCGUAUUCAACGAAACCGUGUCCUGCUAUGCAUCUAUCCUCCACGUUUUGACUUCAUAUGGAAUCGCCUGCCACGUGCCUAAGACCCUCUUACUGAUGACAACGAUGUGCGGUUCGGUGCUAGACUCUUUGUUUGUCGUUGGUUUCUCUAGGACGUUCAAGUCUCAGCUCACUCCCAAAUGCUACAACGCCUUGUUGGAUCUUUUGGCUAGAUUCGAGCUGGUCCAUGAGAUGAAGCGAGUUUAUACAGAUAUGUUGGAGCAAGGUAUGGUGCUCUCUCGUGGCACUUACACACCUAAUAUGAUGAUCAAUGCGUAUUGCAAGCUUGGUUAUUUGCUCGAGGCUAGACAGUUUCUGUGUAAGAUGAUUCAAGCUGCUUUGGAGGUUUUCAAGGAGAUGGUUGAUCAUGGGUGUGCAAAGGGUUAUGAGAAUCUCAUUUUGGAGAGCUGUGAAAUCGGGAAUCUAGAAAUAGCAGAGAAGGUUUUGGAUCAGAUGCUCAAAGAGAAAACGCAUCCAAGUGAGAUGGUCUUUAAAGCGAUUCUUGGCUGUUGCUGCAAGCUGCAAAAGUACGAGGACGCGGUGAAGAUUCUGGAACAUGUUAUUCGAUGUGGUCACUCACCGCAGUUUGAGUAUUGCAAAAUGUUGGUUUGCGGGUUGUUUGAUAGAGGAGAUAAAGAGAGAGCAGAAUCAGUUAUUCAGAAGCUGCUUCGCUCUGGCUUCUACGAUGAUGAACUAGCUUUUGAAAACUGGCUUAUAUCUAGCACAAGUGAUUGA